AUGCAACAAAAUAUUAAAACUGAAAUGAGUGACAGCACUUUUAAAAGAGGACCCACUUUUUCUUUAAAAUAAAUUUGUAAUUCUCAAAUCUUUUAUGAAUGCAGAGAACCUUCAACCAAAAAAUCUCUUUAUCUUAAAACCAGCCAAAACUAAAUUAAACUACCUCACUUUUAAACUAAAAUCAUUCAAAGAAACGAUGAUAUCAAUUUAAAUUAAAACAAUAAUACUAUCAUAUCAGGUAAAACUUACCUUACUAAAUCAAUGGAGCAUUAAUAUUUAAGACUUUCUUGUGAGAAUUUAAUGGCACCUUUUUGUUGUUUAGUUUAAUGUACUAGUGAAUUUUAACUUAUGAUUUCAUAAAUUCAUCCAUUCCCAACAAAUUAUAAUUGUGAAUAAGUUAUUAAUAAUCGAGGAUUUUUUGUUUCAGUAAUUACAGGCGAAUUUAUUUAUAUUUCAAUCAUUACUCGAAAAGAUUCAGAAAUUUAAUUCAAUCUCUAAUUUAAUAUAUAACCUGAAGAAAAUUAAAGAAUUAAAACUCUUUAAGAUUCACCAUCUACUCUUGAUUUCUAAUAAAUGCAUAAACUUUCUCAUUCCAAAUCUUUCUAAUAUAUAAUCAAUUCCAAUAAGGAAUUAGCAGGAAUUAAAAAAAAUAAAUAUCUAGAUGAAAUAUCAAGAUCAGAAAAAUUCUUGAAAGUGUUAUCUACAAGGAACUUUUAAAGACAAUCAAAGACAUAAGCAAAAAUGUAAAAGUAAUAUCAAAUUAAAGCAAAAAAACUAGCUAAUUAAGAAAAAAUCCUUACUAAAAUUAUAAAUGAGAAGAAAUGUCAAAAAACAGUUUUUGAAUAAUAAUGGGCCAUUAUUAUUUAUUUUAUUAAAAUGGCUUCAAGAGUUUUUAAUGUUUUCGGUCAUAAAAAGGAAAUAAUUAGAAAAAAUGGAGAAGUAGUUUUUCGACUAAAAUCAUUGCUACGUUAAAUGAAAAAAAAUGUUAUAUCUCCAAAAGGAGAUUCAGUAGAAACAAGAGUUUUAGUUGAUUGCUUCAUUUCAAUUCAUGCUAAAACAACAACUAUAAGAAGGAAAAUAAGAACAAUCUAGGUUUAAAUAUUAAUACCUAUUUUGAAAUAAAGAGCUAUAAUUUAUUUUUUAAAAGUGAAAAUGCUAAAAUUAGGAGACAAACUACUAAUAAUAAAAAAACAUAUCUUAUAAUUCGAAGAGAAUUAUACAAAAUAUAAAAAUGAUAUGGUUGUUAAAUGGGAAAAUCUUAAUGAAAAGAUCAAAGAUGAAGAAAUAAAAUGGAAGUAAGCUGCUUUGAGAAAUAAAAGCCUUGUGAAUUGGUUCUAAGUAUUGAAAGAUAAAGAAUUAGCUUAAUAAAUGUAAAAAUGUUUUAUUUUUGAAUUAAUGAGAGAUAGAAUAAGGUAACAUAUUUAGGAUCAAUAACUUAUAAAGAAAUAUAGAAUGGAUCUAAAAUAUUAUAAAUAAAAAUUGAGAGUUUGCAGAGACUUUGUGGAAGCAAAUACAUUUCGAAUGGAGAUCUUUAAAUUAACUAGUGAUAUAUAUGCAAUGCAUAUGAAGAAUUAGUUAUUUAUGCAUGUUGAUGUAGAGAAAUAUUUUCACUUGUUAGUAAAUAAAUAUAUAUCUUUGGUUGAUGAGCCAGACAAUUUGUCAAGAGAAUUAUAAACUUAAUAAAAAUAGAAGUAAAGGUAAUCUAAACUUUCCUUAAGAAGAGUAACAAGAAAAUCUAAAAUUUGA